GCAGUUGAAGAAACUUAAAUAUAGCUAAGAGGAUGUUAAUUUCUCACAUUCAGUGUUCCUUUUAUAUAUAGAUCACUAGUACACAGUAAUAUUACAAGUAAUCAAUUUAUUUUACUUUACAGCCCUGUUAAAAUUUGCUCACUUACUGCAGAAAGAUCUGAAAUCACAAGGAAUGGAUUUCCAAAAACAUAGGCAGUGUUGCUUAUUGACAUCAAUUAGGAUAAGUAUUUUAUGCCUCAAUACUGUUCCAAAUCAGCACCUAAAUGUUCUAUAAAUGUGACUAAGGAGCCAUUACUUGUGAAAUACAGAAGCCAGAUGUCGUUCCAGAUGAAGGCAAUAACUUGUUCCAACAAAAGCUACCACCAGAUGCUUUAGAGAGCCAUUUCUCAACUGAGGGCCAUAAUAUCAGGGAGGUCACAAAAAUUAAGUGGAGGUGGCUCAUCAGUGUUAUUCCGAAUUCUGGCCUUUCUCUGGGCAGAAUAAACACUGGCAAGCUCCCAGUACAUGCACAAUACUAUCACCUAAUGUCAUUAACUGGUCAUUACUGUUGUUUUCCUCUGAUUUUCACAGCACGAGUGAUGGAAUUGCUUUUUAAACUUCAAGUAAGUUGUCUAUAAUACAAGUAUUGUGGGCCAUACUGAAGAAAUGUUACUGCUUAGAGGUGCAAAAUCAGCUGUGAUUGCUGCAGCAUGUCCCACAGUUCUCUGCUAGUGACUGAUGGGUUUUAUUCACUUGCUUUGCAGUAGCACCUUGAAGGCCUCUGGGAGCGAUUGUACCAUUUCAUCCAUGCUGCAAAUCUCUGGAGGUGAAAUCAAACUACAUCACAUGAAUGUAUGGCCCUUAAUGCCUCAGGUUUAAAAGCAGCAAAUCAAGUGAAGACAGCAACAAAGAAAGGGAAGCAUACAUAAUGGUUAAUUUGACUGGUGAACAUGAUUUCCAGCAGCAGGCGUCAGUCUCAGAGAAGCCACAUGAUGUUGCCAUGCUCCAUAAUAGUUGAGAUGGUGAUCAUGGCAGGGACCGUGAUGCUGGCUUAUUACUUCGAGUACACGGACACCUUCACCGUCAACGUGCAAGGCUUCUUCUGCUACGAGGGCGCGUACCGAAAGCCCUACCCGGGCCCGGAGGACCGCAGCGCCGUGCCGCCGGUGCUCCUCUACUCGCUCACCGCAGGCGUGCCCGUGCUGGUGAUUAUCGUUGGAGAAACUGCAGUCUUUUGUCUACAGUUAGCUACAAAGGAUUUUGAAAACCAAGAGAAAACAAUAUUAACUGGAGACUGUUGUUAUAUAAAUCCACUGGUGCGCAGGACCAUCAGAUUCCUUGGAAUUUACGCAUUUGGACUGUUCGCUACGGACAUCUUUGUAAAUGCUGGACAAGUAGUAACAGGGAAUCUUGCACCCCAUUUUCUUGCACUUUGUAAACCCAACUAUACAGCACUUGGAUGUAAACAGUAUACACAAUUCAUCAGUAGCGUACAUGCCUGUACUGGAAAUCCAGACCUUAUCAUGAAAGCCAGAAAGACUUUCCCAUCCAAAGAAGCAGCACUAAGCAUAUAUGCAGCUAUGUAUCUGGCUAUGUAUAUCACCAACACAGUGAAAGCCAGAGGAACAAGGCUUGCAAAACCUGUUCUGUGUUUGGGUUUAAUGUGCUUGGCCUUCCUUACUGGAAUCAACAGAGUAGCAGAGUAUCGAAAUCACUGGUCAGAUGUAAUAGCAGGAUUUGUAAUUGGAAUAUCUAUAGCAGUAUUUUUGGUUGUUUGUGUGGUAAAUAACUUCAGAGGACGUCAGCCAGAACAUGAACACUCUCAUCUGGAUAAUCUGACCCAGAUGCCCAUGAUCAGCAUACCCAGAGUAGAAAGCCCUUUAGAAAAGAACCACAUCACGGCCUUUGCAGAAGUCACAUGAUGUUGAUGCUGAUGUAUAUUCACUCCAUUGGACUUCAUCUCUUUUCACAGCCCACACAUGAUAUUUGCAGUGUAUCAAAAAUAAGAAAUUUUUAGAAGUCCUAUUUCUGACUUGAUUUUUACAUCACUAAAAUGAUACCAACAUUUUGAAGAAUUCUUAAAUAUUAGAACGUCACUUUACUUUCUAGCAGAAAUAUUAACUGUUUACUUUUAUGAUGGAAUGGGACAAACUGAGCACUAAUUAUCUGACAUUAUCCUCUAUUUUGGCUUCUCAUUGUUUUCAAUGGUUCAUGUACCUAUUCCAACAGUACUUUGUAUUUUGAUUUAACUUUGAUUUUUAAAAUCUACAUUUUUAAUUCAGCAUGAACUUGUUUCCAUUUGAGGCAAUUUCAGUGUAUAAAAACUAGACAAAUAUUAUGUUCUGUAUGAAAAUGCUGUUUGCACAUUGUAUUACGCUGUAUUCCAUGUAAGAUAUCAUUCAAACAGUAUGUUAUAUGUAAGACUGGUGCUUCUGCUUUUGAAGAGAAAAAAAUGCCAAUUUUUACUGUAAUAAGUAUUGUAUCAUAAUUAAAAGUUUAUUUAUUUGGAUAUUUUCCUGACAUAAUUGUAGUUGAAUUGUUGUUUUGUAGUUCUUGAAUGUCUUGAAUGACAUAUAUGUAUCUAGGUUAAAAGAAAUGAGAAUAAUAUAGAAAGUUUGAUCUUUGAUAUAUUCUUUAUUACUAAUGAUAUCCCAUGAAAGGUUAAGGGCUCUGUUCUUAGCUUAGCAUAUCUGAUGGGCAGCCAUGCUAUUCAUAAAUCAUUUAAACAAAUUAUUCAAGGCAGCCUGCAUCUUCUCAUGAUUGUUGUACUCCCUGACACUAUGCUGGGAGAAUGGGUGCUAAGAUAAGGAGAGGGUCACCAGCUUAGUGAGGAAAGUUCAUCUGAGUUUCUACUCCCCAUUUUCAUGGAAAACUUCUGGAGAAACCAAAAUGGCUCAGUUAAUUUUUUUUUCAGCCUAAAUGACCCUAAGCCUAAGGACAGGCAGAUUUUCUUUCUACAAAGCUUUUUAUCUCUGUUUGUGUUUGAGGCUCAUAUUCUUAAAAAAAAGAAAAAACUAUCCUCUGCCAGUCUGCAUGGUGUUGAUUACUUGAUUUUUCUUCAACACCAGUCAGUGUUACCAUAUCUCUGUUAUUGCUGUGAAUAUUCAGAUUAAGCCUCCCCUUUGGAAGAGUCUUGCUGACUAUUCAUAGUGAAGUUGUCCUAUAAAAAUUGAGCAUCAAAUAGGUCUGAAUAUUGUAAAUACUGAAGACAUUCUUCACGUCUGCCAGAAAGCUUCCCUCUGGCAAGAGCUGAUAAAAUAGCACUAUGGAAACAUGGAGAAAACUAUUGGUUGGUGCAGGCUGUUGAGCAUUUUAGGCCUUAAAUUUUCCAGAGUUCAGUGUAUUUCCUGUGCAUUUAUCAUUGUUAGAGUAUGUUUGAAACAGUAGGAUGUAGAAUCAGGUAUAUUUUUUCUAUGGUGAAUUUUAAUGCGUUCUCACAUAGUCAUGAGGUAAUACCUGCUUUUAGUUUUUGUUUUAACCUCUAAAAUACAACUACCUAAAGAGUGCUUGGCAAACAGGGCAAGGCCAAGUCAUCUCUGAGUGCAAUAGAGUAUAUGCCACGAAGUCAUUGUGCUAAGCUGAGAAUUAAGAGAUGGAAGAAAUAUAUCUAUGGGGAGAAAAUACCUAGAAUAUAGUCCUUAGCUACAACUAGGUUACUUAGGUGAUUGAAAAUCCACCUUUAUUAGACUAUCAACUGUGUUUACAAAAAUUGUAGUAGAUCCAAAGUUUGUAUCACCGUGUUAAGCUCACUUACCCUGCUCUUAGUCUAGCUAGUUAGGUUCCAAGGUACUAAUGAUUUCUCUGUGUGCAGAUUUAAAUGAAAUCUUCACUCAUUUUUGCAUGGUAGCAAAUCUGCAUUUUUUUAUAUCUGAUUUAUAAGAUUACCAAGAGAUUCUUUUAUGUUAAAAGAGAUGACUCUUUUUCAGUGUACUGUAUAUCAUCAGCUUGUAACUGGUCUCUUUCUCAGGAUCUUUCCCAGUCAAAUAUUUGGGUUAAAUUUAUCAUAUUAUCUCUGUGAACCAGCAGUGAGAAAACAAAAUGAGAGACACUCUGCUGUAUAAUGUAUUUUUAAAUAAAAUAAUUUUUCAUUCAUA